AAGAUUUGAAGACCUCAUUAUUUCCACCAUGGAAGGACUAACCCAGAACGAAACCAUUGUUUCCUACACAGAAUUUGUCCUCUUUGGGUUUCCCGGGAUAAUAAAAAACAGGAAAUUGUUAAUAAUUCCAUUUACUGUAAUAUAUGUAAUAAUCUUGUCUGGAAACCUCCUUGUCAUCCAUCGGAUCUUUGUUGAACCAAGCCUCCACUCCCCCAUGUACUUCCUUAUAUCCCUUCUUUUGACCAUUAAUGUUACUUACACGGCCUCCAUCCUGCCGAAACUUCUAGUUGGGUUGUCUUUUGAUUUGAACCAGAUAACUCUGGCCGGCUGCCUCAUUCAGAUUUUUUACAUUGCCUUCAUUUCUCUUUACGAGUCUAGUGUUAUGCUUUCAAUGGCCCUGGACAGGUUCAUAGCCGUCUGUAGACCAUUAAGAUACAACGAUAUCAUGACCACACGUUUUCUGGUCCGGUUGUCUGUCGCUGGGAUCGCGAGGAGUACCCUCUUUAUUUCUCCAGUAGUAAUACUGACCGCUAGCGUCCACUUCUGUAGGUCCAACAUCAUUCUGAACUUUGUUUGUGAGAACAUGGGGCUUCUGAGUCUUGCCUGCGGAGAUACCUCUAAACCGCAAGCUGUAGGCCUCAUGGUCCGAAUCUUGGCCACGGUGAGUGACGUCAGCCUUAUUCUUCUGUCUUACUCCUGCAUUCUUUACAUGGCCUUGAAGAUCGCCGUUGGGAAAGCUCGCCGUAAAGCCUUGAACACGUGUGGUACCCACCUUACGGUGGCCAUGAUUAUUUACCUUGCUGCGUUGUUUUCUUCUGUUAUGCCAAGAGUACACACACAAAUUACUCCCGAUGUUGAGAACAUGAUUAGUGCCAUCUACCACAUGACCCCAGCCUCUCUAAAUCCCUUUGUCUAUGGAUUUGGAGUAAAGGAGAUCAGAAGGUGCCUCACCAAAUCCCGGAAGAACAAGGCUACGCCUCACUAAUCCUUAUCACGCCUUCAGGUUUUAUCAUCUUCAUGUUAAGUUAUUAUCUUGGUCGUUGAUGUAGCACCGGGUGUUUUUCAACUGGAUGGCAAGACCACCAUCUGGAAAGAUCGAAGCAGAGGGCGCUUGUCUAGUAAAUGGUCAUUAGAGUCUGACCAACCCAGUUUGGCUCCCUAGAUGACCCCACAGU